AUGGAAACGGAUCAAGAUAUGGAGCAAGAGAUGGAGCAGAAGCAUAUUCAAGAGGCAGAACUGGAGCAAGAGAUGGAGCAGGAGCAUAUUGAAGAGGCAGAAUUGGAGCAAGGGCCGAGAGCAACCCUGAAUGCAGCCAAGAGAUUCAAAGUGCAUAGAAGGACAGUGAGCCGCGUAUGGGGGAUAGCCAAGCAGCAAAUUGAAGAUGGGAAACCUGUUAUCAUGAGGGGCAGAGCAUCAGGAUAUACUAAGAAAAUAGGUAAAGUACAUUUUGAUGGUGAUAAGUUCAGACAAUUGUCUUUUCUUGAGAGAUCUUGCUAUAGAAAACUUGCUUGUAAAAUGGGCGUUAGCAAGACAACAGUUGGUAGAUGGGCAAAGAAUAACCUGAUAAGGCCACAUACAAAUGCCAUAAAACCAGCACUCACUGAAGCAAACAAAAUCAGUAGAAUGAGAUGGUGUCUUACUCAUAUUCAGCCAGCUAUGGAUGAAGGGAAGCUUCGUUAUCAUGCUAUGCACAACACAGUUCAUAUUGAUGAGAAAUGGUUUUACAUGACAAAGGCUUCAGACAGAUACUACCUGUUGCCGGAUGAGGAUGAGCCUUACAGGUCGUGCAGAUCAAAAAGAUUCAUCACAAAAGUGAUGUUCAUGUGUGCUGUAAGUAGGCCACAGUUUGGCACAGAUGGGCAGACCAUCUUUGAUGGUAAAAUAGGCAUAUUCCCAUUCACAGAAUAA